AUGGAGCACCUCGCGCGCGACCCGACUCCUCAAACUCGGGUGUACCACCUCAUGGCCGAAGGGAUGGCUUUCAAGGUCACGAUCGCUCUCCGUGCAUCAAGAGUGGACAAGUGCAUCCGCGACGUCAAGAGGGACUUUCUCGACACCACAACGACCAAGUGCGUCGGCUUGGACUGCGAGUUCACUGACCCUCGCGCGGGUGAUCAGCGCGCCGCCGUCCUUCAACUCUCGGUGGCGUCCGAGACUUUGGACGGGAACAUCAGAUUCUGCGGCACGGCUAUCGGCAAUGAUGUGCAAAUGCUGAGUCCCUAUGACAUUCAUAUUACUUCUGCGUACGACCUUCAAAAGAUACUCCCGGACCCCACCAACAAGCCCACUUCGAAUCUAUAUGAUCUGGCAAACUCUACCAUUGGGACAAACCAUGAGAAGAAUAAAAGGAAGAAGUACAAGAAGAUAGACAUCGGCACGCAAGAAAAAGAAGAUGAGCUUAUUUUUGAAUGGGCCAAUUUUCCAUUGAGCUACGAGCAAGUGCACUAUGCUGCUCUAGACGCUCUCCUAGGCUUCGAGAUUGCUAGGAGGCAUUGGAUGCUAGUUGGCAACAAUAGCCAUGUUGAUCGUCUCAAUAUUUAG